AAAUCACAUCCGUCAUCCGCCAUUUGCGAAAGUAGCCGAUUGCUGCUCCGCAGCGCGAGUGUCGUACGUUUGAGUAUGUCGAGAGUGUAAUUUGUUAUUUUCAAUUAAACUGUGACUUCUGUGCUGGAUUUGAGCAGUUAAAAUGAUUGUGAGAUUUUUGAGCGUGCUGUGCCUGGGAGUUAUGGUGGCUUCGGCGCACAAUGCCGAAGGAAACAACGACAAUGAAGACGUACCAUACUUGGAGCUGGCGGAGCCGGACGAGGGCUACCACGGCCUGAUCCGGGAGAACGAGACCCUGGUGGAGGUGACCCCGGCGAUCCGCGCCCGGGGACCGCUGUGCUCGUUCCUCAUACUGAACAACAAGCACCAUGGGGAGGCGCCGUUUGAGAUAAUGGUGAUCGACGAGAACGAGGCGCGGCUGCGCGUGCGCUUCCCCCUCAACUGCGAGAAGCGGCGCAACUACAAGUUCGACAUCGCCGCCGUGGGCUGUGACGGCUCCUACUCCAACACGGUCCCAGUCCACAUAACGGUGACAGACGUGAACGAAUUCGCGCCGGUCUUCCCCCAAUCUGCGUACGUCAAGUCCGUGGACGAGGGACGCAUCUACGACGAGAUAGUCCGCGUCGAAGCGACUGAUCGCGACUGUACGCCGCGGUACGGCGACGUUUGCAAGUACGAGAUACUGACGGAUCGGAGCCAGCCGUUCGCUAUCGAUACUUACGGUGUGAUCCGCAACACGGAGCCGCUGGACUACGAGAAAUCACACAACCACAUCCUGUCUGUCGUGGCCUACGACUGCGGCAUGAUGCAGUCAGCUCCGGUGAUGGUCACCAUCAAGGUCAACAAGCCCUGCCGCGCGGGCUGGAAGGGAGUAGCAGAACGCGUGGACUACGCCCCGGGCACGGGGCCCCUAGCCCUAUUUCCAGCUGCCCGCCUCGAGGCCUGCUCAUCCGACGAGCGCUGCCCCGGAGUCACCAGGAUACAGGCCGCUGUCACCCUGCAGGCCUCCAGGGCGGGCUCGGGUUGCGACCGGGACACUUAUGCUGUACACUCGCAGAGGACCAUUUGUGGUUUGGACCCCAAGACAGUGGAUCUCUUGCCGAGCCCGGGCGCUGGCAAUGAAUGGGCGAAGGCUCUCAAACCUGAUUCAGGUCGCGACGGUGAGCAGAUGUUCGAGUUCGACGGCUCAACGACAGCCGCAGCGGUGCCAUCUAGCGUGCUGCCAUCCUCCCUAGCCGGCAGUUUCUCCAUAUCCACGUGGAUGCGACACGCGCCACCACCCGACCAUGACAAGCACAGGAAGGAACACGUGCUGUGUCUCGCCGAUGACCACAAAAUGAACCGCCACCACUACGCCCUGUUCGUCCGCAACUGCCGCCUCAUCCUGCUGCUGAGGCGAGACUUUGGCGAUGGUGACCUCAACAUCUUCAGACCCGCAGAGUGGCGUUGGAAGAUCCCUGAGGUGUGCGACAACGAAUGGCAUCACUACGCCGUGAACGUUCGCUUCCCGAACGUGGAACUCUUUGUCGACGGUGAACCGUACCGCGCUGUUGACGGCAAAGGACCAGAGGUCAUCGAUGACUGGCCCCUGCAUCCCGCUCAUGGAGUCAACACCACCCUCGUAGUUGGAGCUUGUUGGCAAGGAACCGAAAGCGACAUGAAACACCACUUGCACGGCUGGUUGGCCGGCCUGGGCGUGCUGGUGCACGACGUGCAACCGUCUGCAGCGCUCAAGUGCGUCGCGCACUGCCGGGAGGGGCUCAGCCUAGCCCCUGAUCUAUACCUGAAGUCAGUGUCGGUGGAGGGUGACGGCGUGGCGGACGUGGAGACGUUACUACGUCGCGUGGCGUACGGCGACGCGCGCGCGUUCCCCACGCCCGGACGCCGGAACGUGCACGUCGCAACCACCAUCACAUGUGACAAUGGCCGCAUCAUCAAAGCGAAGCCCGCCGAGUCCUACAUCAUGGUUCUGCAGCCCCAGACUCCAAGCAUCCUGAUCAAUGGAACUGAUGACGCGGCGAGGGACUACGCGCAUUUCCGCCAGGGAUUAAGGGUUUUCCCUGAAUUGAGUGUUAGAGUAUUAGCUGCACAGCAUGGAGCCGUGAGAGACGCAGAGAGCCAGAAGCUAGACUCGUGCGUGGUGUCGGUGUACCCGGCUCUGAACCCGGACCACGAGGCGCUGUCGCUGCGCUCGGCCUCGGAGCUCCCGCUGCGGUACGACAUCCGCGCCGCCGUCACGCGAGACGGCGUCAUCCUGACCGGCUCCGACUCUGUUCACAACUACCAGCAGGUCCUCCGUGAGAUCGAGUACAGCAACAAGAAGCCUGCGUACUACCUGAACCGCGUGUUCAAACUCACGUGCUCCGAGCUCGACGGCCGGUUCACCAGCAACGAAUAUGUUCAAACGCUGACUGUGGUGCAUCCUCACAUGAGCGGCGAUGGACUAGCACGUGAACUGCACCCCAGCGGCGUCGCCGACAAAAUGGACGCCGUGGCCAGAGACAAACAGCCCGUGCACUUGCACGGGCACGCGCAGCAGCCGCGCGUGUACGCGGCGCACGCGCAGCGCGACGCGCACGUGGCCGAGCAGCCGGCCGCGCGCCUGCUCGACGCGCCCGCCAGCGCUACCAACCACGUGGCCCUGCUGAUCGGCGUGAUCGCGUGCGGCGUGCUGGUGCUGGCGGGCGGCGUGGCGCUGGCGCGCGCGCGCGCGCCGCGUGAGCCCCGCGCGAGGGCCGCGCGCGACGAGAUGGCCUGGGACGACUCCGCGCUCACCAUCACGCUCAACCCCAUGGAUGAGGCCGCAGCCGAGAUGGGCGCGGCCGGGGCGGCCGAGCUGAGCUCGGACGGGGAGUCGUGCGACGACUCCGACUCGGACCGACACGACUCGUCGGACGAGGACGAGGAGGUGAUGUCCGGCAAACAGCACAAAUACAGAAACAUCAGCCAGCUGGAGUGGGAUAACAGCACCAUGUAAUGCGCCCGCGCACCUUGCAUCUCUCUCGCACGCGAGCCACGCCUCUAUCGCUAUCUCGCUCCGCAAACUGUCCGCAUUAGUUUUUACGUGUAAUGGAAUGUGUUGAUGUGUGAAGGUCGUUAAAUGGUUUUGUGAUAAUCGUUACACUGGCGUGUGGAUUUUUGAUUUUUAUCUUUGAAGUUUAGAAAUAAUUAUUUUGAGUAGUUUUCGGGAUACUAGAAUAUCAAAUACGACGAUCAAAGUAAUUUACAGAAACGACUAGAAAAUGUUGAAAUAACAGCAGUAAAUAUCAACUGUAUU